AUGUUCGGUGGCUCCACGAGCCCACCCAAAGAGAAAAGUGAUCUGGUAUCCCCCACGGGUACAAGCCCAACAUCCCCGAACAUCAAUACCGAGGAGGCCGGCAUCGGGCGCAUUUCGCCUUCUGGAGCUUCUAGCAGGAAACAAAGCGACGAACAGGGCCUUGGCGAUAAAAAGCGACGCAGCAGCUCUGUGACGAAAGCAGCCUCCUUCUUUUCUAGUGCGAAGAACUCUUUACAUCUAUCAAGCCGAGACUCGUCCUUGGACUCUACCCACGUCGCACAGACUCCCUUUCAGAAACUGGGAAAGAUGGAUCCCGCUCUGAGCGUGCCUCAGGGCUCCUUGAACAAUUCAGCCGGCGAGUCGGUGCCAACAUCACGUUCAUCGUUUCGGGUAGGCGUCACGGAAGAUCGAAAUCGAAAAUGUCGUAGAACGAUGGAAGACACACAUGCCUAUUUGUACAAUUUUCUAGGAACACCUGCUCCGGCUUCCGGCAAUGCCGCGCUUAACGGUAUCGAUGUAGUUGAAACUGCACCGGAGUCGGGUGAAGCCACCCACGCAGUAGAGACAGACAAUGGGUAUUUUGCGAUUUUCGACGGACACGCGGGAACUUUUGCUGCCGAAUGGUGUGGUAAAAAGCUGCAUCUUAUUCUUGAAGAAGUCAUGCGCAAAAGUCCCAAUUCGCCGGUCCCGGAGUUGCUAGAUCAGGCUUUUACCAGUGUUGAUAAUCAGCUGGAGAAAUUACCUGUGAAGAAUAGCGGCUGCACAGCUGUCGCGGCUGUACUCAGAUGGGAAGAUCGUAUCCCGAGCUCGCAUUCUGCAACAGGCUCCGCGCCUCUCGCUCCAGCAGCAGCCUCUGUGAAUAAUACAGAAUCAGAGCCAGAGCCCAUUACCGAUAAACCAGCACAGUCUAAACAGGAUAUAACUGUGGCCAAGCCUCAAGAAUCCAUAUCUCGUCAACGCGUCUUGUACACGGCCAACGUGGGGGACGCACGAAUUGUGCUGUGCAGGAAUGGGAAAGCCCUCCGUCUCUCAUAUGAUCACAAAGGGAGUGACGAGAAUGAAGGGAAACGCAUUGCCAAUGCCGGUGGACUUAUACUCAACAACAGGGUCAAUGGUGUGCUUGCUGUGACGAGAGCUCUUGGCGAUUCGUAUUUGAAGGACCUGGUCACAGGUCAUCCGUAUACUACAGAGACUGUAGUACAGCCUGAUCAAGAUGAGUUUUUGAUUCUAGCCUGCGAUGGGUUAUGGGACGUGUGUACCGACCAAGAAGCGGUUGACUUGAUACGCAAUGUGAAAGAUUCCCAAGAGGCUUCGAAGAUUCUCGUUGAUCACGCUCUUUCACGCUUCAGCACAGAUAAUCUGACCUGCAUGGUGGUACGAUUUGACGCGAACCUAAUCCGAGACGUCGUUGAGCGACGUAGUGAACCGAUUGGAGUCGAGGGGGAUCCCUCGUCACAGAUAAAGGGGGGCAUAAGCGAGGCCGAUAAAAUAGUGGAAGGUGCUAAGAAGAAGCUUGAGAAUGCCGAUACUUCCCCAGCUGAUACUGGUCUCAAUUUGAAGCUGAAAGACGAGAUACAAGAUCCAUCAAGUCCUCCAAAACUCAACAGCCCAACUAAACUGGAGGGGGGCAAGACUACCAGUCUCGAGAGUGUUUCCUCGCCAAAACAAUAG